AUGGCGAGGAAACCUAUUAGCAAAUGUCGUAGGAAGAUUGAGAUGUGUUUAAUUAACUCUAAGUCAGAUCGACGGGUCUCAUUCUCGAAACGACGUCCUACCAUUUUUAAGAAGGCGAAUGAGCUCUGUAUUUUGACUGGCUCUGAGAUUGCCAUCAUCGUGUUCUCGCCUACUGGUAAGGCAUUCUCAUUCGGAUAUCCUAAUGUUGACAGCGUCACCGAAAGGUUUGUCAAUAAAAUUUUGUUUAUUCGUGAUGACAAUAACAUGAAGCCAUUUGAUGAGAAUGUUCAUAAGCUCAAUGAACAUUGUGGUCGGAUCCAGAGAGCGCUCGGAGAAGAUGAAAACCAUGGAAAAGUGCUAGAUGAGGUUUUGAAGUGUAUGAAGCCUUCGAUAAAUGAAAUGAAUUUUCAGGAGAUACUCGAGUUUAAAACACAUCUAGAGGAAUUUAAAAUUAAAUUUGAAAAUAUGAUGGUUGGAUCCGAGGAUUCUGUGGUUUCUGUGAAACAAGUUAAAGACUUUGAUAUCAAUGCUCUUCCAAAUGAUUAUUAG